CGGCCUAUAUAAUCCAUUCCGACCGGGGCCAUAUUUGUUGGGGUUGUCUUAGAAUUUGUGUUCCUGGAUCGUUUUCUAAAUUUUCUAUAUCUGUUUGCUCUGAAAACAUGCAGGCUAUAAAAUGUGUAGUUGUUGGCGAUGGGUAAUACAUGUUUAUUUUUAUUUCUAUAUUAAUUUUGAGAAAGUAUACAACCAAAAUGAAAGGAAAAGGGGUAAAAAAUGGGGUGACGACAGUGUUGUCGUGUUCCUGGGUCCAAAAAGUAGUAGGAGUAAGAAGAAUCACCAAUAAUGUGUUCACUGUAUCUAAAAUUUAAUCAUAAAUUGUAUACUCCUUUUAUUUAAGUUAUUUAUUUAACACCAUGAAGCCCUUUUAGGUGUUUCUAUUGGCUCUAAAAGUAGAUUAGUUUAGUCUGAUAGUGUUGUUGGGCCAGUGUGAACUACUACUAAGUUAGAAAAAAAACUAAGUCAAAGUCCCUUCUUAGUCUUUAGCUUUAGGGUUAAGCCCAACUUAGUAAAGUUAAAAGUACUAAAUCUAGUGACUAACCAAAAAAUAUUAUAUUAAUAUUAUAUACUAUAAUAUUAAUAUACUUUAGUUGACUAUAACUUAUAGUUAUAAGUUAUAACCUAAAUGCUCAGGCGACUGUGAAUUUAUCCUCACUGGUAUUAAAAUAUUAUGCCAUAACUUGAUAUAUAUUAAUAUUAAUAGGCAACAUUGACCUUUAAAAAUAUAGGUGUAUUAUACUGUAUUGUAGUGUAGCCUAAGAGUAUCAACUGCCAGUAUUAAUAUUAUGACCACUCAGUAUUACUGAGUUUUAAGUAGGCUAAGUCCAACAAUGCCAGUAGACUAUGAUAUCCAGGGAUAAAUAAAUAAUAUAAAACAACUUUAAUAUUUAAAAAUAUAGGCUAUCAUUCAAUUGAUCCACAUAAGCAUCUUAAUAUUUUUUUCAAAAGAACGCCUGCCAGACAGAUAUACUCUCAGCAUAACCACAAAUAAUUUUUUAUUUUUGAAAAACCAUUGUGCCGUUAUAUUUUUUUUUGUCUCCUGGAGAAAUGCUACGAAUAUAACAUCGACAUACACCAACUAUAUGUGGAUUACAAAACAGCAUACGAUAGCAUAAACAGGAAUUACUUAUACAAUGCUUUACAAGAACUUGGAGUCCCUAACAAGCUUACUCGGCUCAUACACAUGACAAUGGCCAACUCCAAAAGCAGAAUCAAGGUUCAGGGAGAAUAUUCUAGGGAGUUCAUAGUUAAUCGGGGCCUCAGACAAGGAGACUCACUAUCAUGUAUCCUGUUUAACAUCACGCUAGAAAAAGUUAUUAGAAGCAUUCACAUUAGCACCAGUGGAACCAUAACAAACUAUUUCCAGAGAGAUACUACAGAGCAACGACCAUCAGGAACCUUAUAUAGCCAACCAUUUAUUAGCACCAGUGGAACCAUAACAAACUAUUUCCAGAGAGAUACUACAGAGCAACGACCAUCAGGAACCUUAUAUAGCCAACCAUUGCAGUACCUGGCAUAUGCAGAUGAUAUAGCACUACUGGGUAGAAACCGUAAUGACAUAAUUAAAGCAUUCAGGGAACUUGAAAAUGCCUCAUUCAAAGCUGGCCUUGAUAUAAAUGAACCGAAGACAAAAUAUAUGAUAAUGUCAAGAAACUCCCAUGCUGAUAAUAACAUCAAUAUAAACAACCACAAAUUUGAGAGAGUGGCCACAUUCAAAUAUCUGGGGGCAACUAUAAAUGAGCACAAUGAGAUAAUGUCAGAGGUGAAAGAAAGGAUAACAGCAGGCAACCGUUCGUAUUUCAGUCUACAAAAGCUACUGGGAAACAAAAACUUAUCAAGGGGAACAAAGAAGACAAUAUACACCACCAUCAUAAGACCUGUAGUAACGUACACUAGUGAGACCUGGGCCCUCACCAGAAAAGCAGAGAACCUGCUCAACACAUGGGAGAAGAAAAUCCUCCGCAAAAUAUACGGACCAGUGAUAGAAAAUGAUAUCUGGAGAAUACGUACAAACCAAGAACUUUACUAUUUGUACAGAGAACCACCCAUAGUCACAAUGAUAAAAAAAGGCAGAAUACCUAAGGAUGCCGGAAUGCAGAGCAGCCAAAAUUAUAUACAGGCAGAAGCCUAGGGGCAGACGACUCAUCGGUCGCCAAAGGAUGAGGUGGAUUGAUGAUGUGGAGACAGAUUUACACCAGUUGGGGGUUCGAGCAUGGAGACGGAAUGCCAUGGAUCGCUCCGAAUGGAAGGAUGUGGUGGAGCAGUCCAGGGCCCUACAUGGGCUGUCGUGCCAUUGAUGAUGAUGAUGUUGUGCAAAAAUAAUGUUAAAUGUCCUAGUCCUAGCUUUAAAUUUUAAAAUAUCCUCCUGAUUUUAAAUCUGAAAAAAAAAAUGGUUUGACUAAUAGGCCUAUAUAUCUAUGCUGUGGCCGUGGCUGCCGCUUAGGCCCGUGCUUCUUUGCUCUGACUAGCCUAGACUAUAGGCAUAGGAUACUUUUAGGCCUAUCUCCUACUAUCUUCUUUAAUUAAGUAUAUGUAGGCCCAUCCUAUGUGAGGCUUUAGCUAUAUAAAAUAAAAGUGCCGUUAUUAUAAUAAAUUUCUUAACAAAUUUCAUAUUUUAAAACCUAAACUUAUAUGUAUUCUUAAUUAAAUUAAUUCCAUGCAGUAAUAGUUAAUUAACAAUAAAUAUUUUUACAGCUAACUUCUUUUUUAUUUGAUUUAUAAAGUAUCUUUGAACAGCGCCCAAUAAUUAGUACAAAGCUCUGAAUGAUCUCUCAAGUUGUUUUUUUUUCUCCCUAUAUGACUAUAUGCAAAAUUCGUUAACUCUAAGUUGGUAUGAUAAAUGAAAUUUUCAAACAGAAGGCAUGUUUAAAAAAAAAUGAAAUUCUGGGGGGUGUUCAACAUAAUAAAACGAUUCCGUUUUGGUCUGGAAGCCCAAAAUUUAUUUUUUUCUAAUAAUACUAAUAUAAGCUAUAUAAAUAUAAUUUCAAACAAAUGCUGCUGCAGGGUGAAUGGAUCUAGAUCAAACUUAGUACACAAGCAUUCGAUUAUCUGUAUUCAAAUACUGAAGAGUACUGAACUCCACUCCUUUGGGGCUGGGUGUCCCCAGUUUAAUUUUUCCUUAUUUAAGCUAUAUAAAUACCAGUAUGCUUAGACAACAAUUUAGGUCUCUACAUGAAUUGAAGGACAUUAGUCGAGCUUUGUAGCUGUAUACUUCAUUAUUGAUAUUUAAAUAAGGGUGGAUUUAAUAGUAGUCUAAUAAUAUUCACUCCAUUCUGGGCUGGUCUAGAAUUUUUCAGAAAAUUCUACGAUUUAAUAAUUUAGAUCUCCAGCAUUUUUUAACUGGAGAUUUUAAUCGGACAACAUUUAGUUUCAUUUUUAAAUUUCUGAUAUAAUAAAUGUUAUUGUAUUUACAUUAAUAAGCAUCAAUAUAUAAUACUUUAAUUUAAAUUUGAUUCCUAUUUUGCUUUUUGUGCCAAUGGCUUCAGUUUGAAAAUUUAGCAUACUAACUUAUAAGUAAUACAAGUAAAAAAAAUCUGGCUUAAAGGAUUUUUAAAAAAUGGAGAGUUCGUUGACGUGGGACUAAGUAGUAGUGGGGGCUGUUAAACGACAAUUAAGAAAAUAAAUAAAAAUAAAAUUUUGCCCAGUAUAAUUUAGUAUUAGCUAAUUAUUAGCCUGUAGUUUAUUAAUAAAGAGUACACAUAGGUUUACAUGUGAAAAUAUAAAAUUCGUUAAGAAAUAAUAUAAGCAUCUGAACUGCACUUUUACAGCUAUGUAAUAAAUUAAGCAGUGUCGUGUUAAGGGCAAUAUGGCAUAUCAAGUUAAACAGCUUGAUAAACUUUUAUAUUUACCUUAUAUUACUACAGUACAUAUAAUGUGAAAAAUUGAGGGUUAAAAAAAGCUUCUUAAAAAUAGGGGUUCACAUUGUAUACACACAUGUAAGAAAUUUUUCAUAACAGGUAAACGAUAUAACUUAAUGCCUAUGCAACCAAAUCUUCUUGGCCUGCUCAUAUUCAGGGACUGAGCGAACAUCCUGUCUGCGACUAACAGCAGUCAUUUAAGUAGGAUCCCUUUGACGGGAUAUUAGCAUAGUUGAAUUGGUAUGACCACAGUUUAUUUUAAAUAUUAUGAUCAAUUAAAAGAUUUUGACAUAAAAAAAUAUUUUUUUUUUAGUGAAUUCAUGUUGUAUAAAUGAUUAAUGAACAAAAUUAACAGAUUGCAUUAUACAUGAACAUGGCAUUUAAGUUGUUGUUUUUUUAAAAACAAAAGUUAUGGUUUAUGGUGGGUAGUGUUUAUAGGACAGUAAUAUACAGUAGUUUACAAUGAAUAGGCUACUUAAAAUAACUUGUGAUUUUGCAACUUCCAGCAAUAGCCACACUAUCAUUUUCUUGAAGUUGCCAAUGUCAUUAAAAAGUGUAAAUGAAAACUAAUUUAAGUUAGCCACUGACCACGGUCAUUCAGUGCCACAUGAAUAAAAAUGUAAAAGGUACCAGUAAUGAUUAGAGUUAAAGCUUCAAUACUUAGGUCUAGGCCUUUAACUUUACAACCUAAUUUUAUAACUUGAUGUUUGACACAUACAGUGACAAAGAGUUGGCCUAAUUUUUACAAAAAUAUUUUUAUGACAUCUAUGCUUAUUCAUAGUUAAAUUAAUAUUAUUUAAUAGGCUACGGUAAUGGAUAAUGAUUGUUAAAAUCACGGCCACACCAUUUUAAAUCAGAAAGUUUUCCAAAAUCAGAAAAUAUAUUGUUUCUAUAUUUUAAACAAGUUGCGUUAUGAAUUAUUUUGUGAAUUUUAGCAGUUUAUAUAACCAUAGUAUUUAACGACAAAAACUUGAGACAGACUUUUUGAACACAACUUAAUUUAGUGGUACCAAAUUUGUAUUUAAAGGUCAUUCACAAUGCAAAGUACAACAAAUAGGCCUUGAAAAUUUUUUUUUAACUUUUUGAAAUUAUUAUAAAUAAAAUGAAAAAAACACAAAAAAACUAAAUGCAACUUAAAUUCCCCUCUCUAAUAGUAUCAGGGAUUAAACAACUUAUGGGGAUGCUUCACUUUGUGAUAUUUUGAACCAAACUUCACUUCAAAUCUUUUUCUUGGUGGUGUUGAUAAAUCAUGCAAUUAUGGGCCAAAAUAACUUAGUCUAAGUGAUAAGUGAUUUAAAAGUUAACCUAAUUUUUUUGUCUGCAAUAGUUUUGCAAGGCCAUUAGCUGACUUCACAGUAAAUUCAUUUGCAACAUCAGGUUAUUUCAAGACUGAACCACCACUUAAUCCUAAAUUUUCAGUUAGCUGAGUUAGGCCUAAACAAGUAAAUGGAAAAAAAUUGGUAAUUCUUUCACAUGUUACAUCACAUUUAAUGGUAUCCACUGACUGUAACAAAACUACAAUUUAUGACCAAUGUUCCCUCUAAGGCAGUGGUUCUCAACCUUUCUAAUGCCGCGACCCCUUUAUACAAUUCCUUAUGUUGUGGCGACCCCCCCCCCCCCCCCCCCCCCAUCUUACAAUUAUUUUCGUUGCUACUUCAUGGCUGUAAUUUUGCUUCUAUUAUGAAUCUUAAUGUAAUAUAUGAUGUGCAGUAUGUUUUUUCAUUGUUACAAAUUGAACAUGAUUAAAAGAUAGUGAUUAAUAACACACAAAAAAUAGGUAAUUAUAUAUUGUGAAAUAUUUAUGUAUAAUUACAGAUAAAUGAGAUUUUGUCUUGAAGCAUAGUGUAGCAUGGUAACAGUCUUAAUUUAACAAGAGUAAACUUUAUUGGUAUAUUUUGCGACAGUAUGCGUAAAAAGUCAACGUCAGUGCGAAGGUUAAGAUUGCUUCUUUCUUACCAAAUCAGAAAUGCUCGGGGCAGUCUUUGCAAGAGCACUAACCUUUUCCAAGAGAUCUUAUGAUCUUUCAGAAAUAAACCGUGUCAAAUACAUCAUGUGCAGUAGUUGUCGUUUCAAGAGGUUUGCUAAAAAGAAACUCAUCUUUAAAGCCGCCAUCAUUAAUAUACCUCACGUAAACUAGUAACUGUGAACAGUUUGAAACGUCUGUAGCUUCAUCAAACUGGAUACUAAAUAUUGGGAGUGGAGCAGAUUUAAUUUCCUGGAUUACCUGAUAAAGAUAAGUCAACUGAUAUGUCAUCUAUGCUGCUGCGGACACUGUCGUUAGAUAAGGAAAUUGCACUCAAUUUUGUAACAAAUUCAUCUCCGAUCAUAACUCGAGCAAUGUCUUUGGCCACUGGCAACAGUAACUCUUCAGCAAUUGUUUGAGGUGUCAUAGCUAUGGCGAUUCUGAGUGCCUCCAAAUAUGAAGAUUUAACGGCUGCUACGUUUUGUUUGUGGUACUUGCCACCAGUGUCAAGUCUGGCUUUCUGGAGUCCAUCGGUCUUACUUCUAAAAUAGUUUGUAGCCUUGCCGGCAAAGUUGGGAUGCUUGCUAUCAAAAUGGCGUUUUAGUUUGUUCAGCUUCAAAGAUAUUCGGCUGAUAGAACUUCACAGCCAAUAAGACAUUGUGAUUGAAAACAAUGAAAACAUAGAUAUAUGCAUACGAGCAUACUUUUUAUUUUGCGUUUUAUUUUUUGAUUUUAUCACUAUUAUCAGACAAUCAUCAUUCGUCAGAGGCAAUUUUUAACAGAGACAUAACUUAGUAAGACAGCAUUGCUGAGCUUACACUCACACAGGCACUGUAGUACUGAUUGCAGGCGAAACUUAAUCCUAAACCGAUAUUUAUUUUUGCUUUCAAUUUUCACUUCAAGCCUAUCAUAAUUAACAAUAGUAGCAUUUAUUGUCCGGUGUUAUUUCAGCAUCGGAAAUUUGACCUAUAUUCUUUAUUUAUUUACGGUUUCCUUACUUGCCAUUGGUUAAUUAAGCCUAUCACGUGAUACUUAGGGGAGUCACUUUGAUUUUUUUCUUCUACAUUUUCACUGGACAUGUCUGAUUCUUCCAAAGUAUGCAUUAUUUAUAAUCUACGAUUACCCGUUGACGAGCUGACGGGUGCAGUAUUUUUCACUGUCGGUUUAGGCUUUAUUAUGGGGUGAAUGAAUCAAGGGGGAUGAUAUGUCUAUUUUUUUGGCGCAACCAAAUCAAUCGGUUUCUAAGAACAUCGGCAUCGGAAAUGUAUGUUUUCCAAUGGUCUUAGGCGACCCCCGAAGGGGUCGCGACCCACAGGUUGAGAACCGCUGCUCUAAGGUUUGUUGGUUCGUGUGCAAAAUCAUAAAGUUGUGUGCAAAUUUUUACAGCAUCAAUUUUUUUUUGUGUGCAAAAUUUUACAGCCUACAGACACAAACAUACACUUAGUGGAAAUUAGCUGCGCGUACUCAAAACUGCUGCGCGGCGUCUGUGAGAUUGCUGCACAGCUUAAAGGGAACGUUGCUUAUGACUAUUUGCAACUAGGCAUCCACCUCGCUCCCCUUUCCUCUCUCUCCCCACUUUUAAAGCCCAAGAUCAACCGAAUGACAAAAACACUACAAUCACUGCAUCAAGAUAUGGCAUUCAUUCUUUUUUUAAGUUGCUAAUUUGUUUAAACUCAUCAUUUGUUGUUUAAAUAUGUAAACUAUAAUUUGUUUUUAAUUUGCUCAUGUCUAAAAUUUACUAAUUAGUGUCUUUUUAAAAAAUUUACAGUGCUGUCGGUAAAACAUGUUUACUUAUCAGUUACACUACCAACGCCUUUCCAGGAGAGUAUAUCCCUACUGUGUAAGUACCUGUUUCUAGAUGUCUUAGUCUUCGUCAUUUUAUACUUUCGAAGUUAGAGUCAAACUUCACCUGAAAAGGGGAAAUUAAGCUAGAAAAUAAUGUUUCUAUAUUGCAUUGAUUUUUUUGUGGUAUAAUUUAAUUAGCUAUUAGUAUAUUUACCUACAAAAAUUUUUUUUGUGGCUGACUUAAAUUUCAGAACAUACAAAUUCAAUAGUGCCCCCACAAAAAAAAAUUAAAAAUCAAUGAUUUCAAAACUAGUAGCCAUAUUUAUCUGAAAAUUUAAAACAUACUUCAGUUAAUUGUUAUUUGCUUGAAGAUUGGAACUUCAGUGAAGUUGACCUGUGGAAAAAAACCCCCCCCCCCCCCCCCAUCUGGAUUUAAUUUAAUAUGGAAUAUUAGGGUAUCACUAACAUUGCAAUAGAGUAAUAUGAAAUUUUAUCACCUUAUAUUUGUGACUUCUGAUUUGACUUUUUACAAAUUUUUAAAUAGUUUUGACAACUACUCGGCAAAUGUUAUGGUAGAUGGUAAGCCAAUCAACCUUGGGCUCUGGGAUACUGCUGGUCAGGAAGAUUAUGACAGACUGCGUCCAUUAUCUUAUCCUCAAACAGUAAGUAUUAUCUUCACAUUUGUCCAUUAUGUGAAAAAUGUCUCAGCUCUGUCAAAUAAUUUUUUAAUCUUAUUACCAAUGAUUGAAAAAAAGUCAAAUAUAGGCAAAAGAUUUUGAUGGGUGGGAGGCUGCCAAUUUUUAGAUAUUUUUCUACUGUUUAAAAAAAAAAAAAAUUACUGAUGAUUGAUAACCAUUCAUAUUUGUGUAGAAAAGUUUAGCUCAUGCAGGAUCUAGACGAAACUUAAUAAUAUAAUGAACAUUUUCACAAUAGUCUGUAAAGUGCAUUCCAUGAAAUGGUGAAAUAGAGUGAUUUAUGCAUGUUGACUUUUCUUUGCCUAGGUUUAAAGUCUAUUUCAAUAUUUUUAUUUUUUGGACAGUGUUUUAAAGAAUUUUAAACUUUUCAAAAUUAAUAAUCAAAAUUUAAAAAAAUUAGGAAUAUAAUUUUUUUUAAAGUAUAGCAUUUAUAAAUUUCAUUUUUUAUAUAAUAAGACAGUAAUUAGAGUGAGCUACCCUUAGUAGCUAGGCUCUCUGCGCUUCACAUAAAAAUUAGCAAUUACAGAAACGUAUACAUUUAAAGCAACAGUUGGUGAAAAUGGAGGAGUCUUCUGGUCAGAAAUUUUUGUUUUGCUAAGCCACAUUGACGCAGCACAGAGUAGCUUGUCCUAAUUAGGAAGAUUGUGGUUUGAAAUCUUUGUUUAAAGUCGUCUUGUUGCAGCUGUUGUUUUUACCUUUCCAUUCGAGCGGGAGUGAAGUGCUGGUGGUGUUGUUUUGAAAUAUUAACACCCCCCAAUAUGAAUGAAAAAAGGUUUAAUGAAUCCUGCAGCAUUAUUUAUUUAGACCAUCGGUUCCCAUUGUGUAGUACUCAUACCCCUGGGGGUACACAACGGAUCACUUGGGAUUAAGUAAAAAUUAUAUUGAUAAUGGCAGAAAAAUGGAGAUAAAAAUAAUUAAUUUUAACCCUUUUAUUUAUGAGAAGCUAUAUUUCAGUAUUUGGCUAUAUCAACAACAAAUUUUAUUCCCUAAAUAAGUUUUGAAUAAAAUUAAUGAGAACACUAUAUAAUAUUAAAGGCUGGUGAUGGUUUUUAAUUUUAUGUCCAAAUAUAUUGCAAUGUUUAUUUUUGAGAUUCUUUUCAAAUAGGAUAUUUUGUAUAAAUUGCAUUCAUACCAACCUGUGUGGAAAAAAAAAUAAUACAAGUCCCUGAAAAUACUGUUUGACAAAAUUAAAUAAAUGGACCCCAAAAAAAUCAAAAUAAGUUUAAUUUAGCAAUUUUUCAUUAUUUUAUGAAUGUUUUGAAUGCAUGAAUUAAAAAAUGAAUAAUCUCCCCUUCGCUACCAUACACAUUUAAAAGUUUACAUCAUUCACAAAUGGAUAGAUCACAUCAUUUAAAUGUUUCAAGUCCGAUUGUUUUUUAUGCUCCCUUCAAAUAAUAUAACAAGUUAAAGAUUCUUUAACUGAUCCAUAUGAAUGGAAAUGUUUUUUUAUUACAUUGUGCAUAUUCAUUUUCAGCACAUAGUUAAAUACAUAUUUUAAGCAAGUCAGCAUUUUAUAAUUAUGUCAUGAUUUAAUUUUCUAAUUUUUUUUUUUUUUUUUAAUCGGUUUUAAAGGACUCCAGUGUCUGGUUGUUAAGAUGUUAAAUUCAGUCAUGUCACUGUAAUACUAGGAAAAAUGACCAUAAUAUUAUAUACUUAUAAUUAUUAUAUAACAUUACUGACAAUUUUAACACAGCAUCAAAGUUACAACUAUCAACCACAAACCCCAGUUUGAUAGCAGUAAAAAAAAACAACUGAUAGGACUAAGACUAACUGUUUUCAAAACUGAUGAUGGAAAAUUAGUUUAAAAUGUUUAAAAUCACUUUAGUAUUUAAAAAAAAUUAUAUCAGUGAAUAUCACUUUAAAUUACCAUUGACAGUUUAAUAUAAUUUUUUUUCUGUUUACAUUUUAGGAUGUAUUUCUUAUAUGCUUCUCACUGAUCAGUCCUACCAGCUUUGAGAAUGUUAGAGCUAAGGUAAGAUUUUUAUUUGUAUGGUAAUAUUUAAGUUUUAUAGAAAAGUACAGUUCUAUGUUCAGACCUGUUUACCCUCAAACCCUUAAAAUCGUACAAUAUCAUCAUAUAAUCGUUCAAUACAUUCUCUUUAUAGAGCAAAAACAUGCUCUAUAUAUAAUGUAUACACCUCAAAAUCGUACAUUGUACGCCAAAAUCGUAAGAGUAAACAGGUCUGUAUGUUGGUAAUUUUUUAUUUUCUAUAAAAUUUUACAUCAUUGAAACUACCUUAUUUCAAGUGAUUUUUUUUUUUAAUGUCUCAUAGAAAAUGUAAUUAUUUUGGCAUAUGAACCCUUCUGAAAAGACUAAGGAAACAUCAAUUAAUCUUCAGAUUUGUCUAAGCUUGCCAUUUUGGCUAUUGAUCACAGCUGAUCAGCUUUUUGAUAUCAGAAAAAGAUGAUAUACAUGUGCCAUUCAUAUCGUUCUCUCUCUCUCUCUCUCUCUGCAUCAGAAUUUUAUCAAUUAGUUCUGGAAUUUCAGUUUUAGAAUGGUAUCUCUCUUAAAAAGUAGUAAAAAUUAAAAAUUAAUUUGUUUAAAAUAAGUAUAACAUAAAUUACCUGCUAAAAUUUGCUAAAUCUUUCACUGCCUAUUAUACUUAUGAUUUCUUAAAAUUUAUUUUUUUACUAUUAAAAUAAUCCUUAAAGGUACGUUCACACUGUGGAUUUGUUGCAGCCAUAGAUCUGGGUAGUGAAUCCAUGUUAAGAAUCCACUGAGACAGAUAUCCAACGUAGGUUUUCACACUGAGCAGGCACAACAAUGGCAUCUGAUGCAGAUCUUUUUUUAUAUUUAUCAGUUUUAAAUUUGUGUCCUAGCGCUACAGUCGGCAACCUGCUGCUGCACAUGGCCCUUAAAUGAAUUUUUUUUUAAAUUUUCUUUUAAUAUGAUUGUACAAAUGCAGGGAAAAAUUGAAACGUACAAUUUUAAAAAAUCUGUCUAAAACAAUAAUUUCAAACUUGAAAUUUAAUUAGUUAAUAUUCAAACAAAUAUGGCUACUUUCAAAUUUUAAAAAUUUUAAACAAGUCAGCUUAAAAUAAACUUAUUAAUUUUUUUUUGUACAUUAUUUUUUACUGUUUGCUUGCUACUCAACUGUCCACUGAUGACAACUCAUGCACAAUUAUUAAAAAAAUCUAGCUAGGGCAAUGCAACCAUGUUGCGCAUACAAAAUACAGGAAGAGGUGAAUAUUCUACAAUAAUAAAUCCAUAUGGUGCUCCAUGUAUCCACCAUUUAUUAUGGGGUGAGAAUAAAACCUGUUAUCUUUUCAAAGGGAUUUAAUAAUCAUGAUACUGACGUUUUGUUUGAUCUCCAUUAGUUAUGUCCCUGUGUGCGGAUGAGAUCCACAUAUUAUAGAUGAAUGGAUUGUUUCUGUAUAUUGCCAGUCAACAAUAUACAUCAAAAAAAAAAAUCGAACUUAUUAGCCCAAGUUUUUGUUUCAGUGAAUAGCAAGUUGUCAACAAAAACUGACAAUCCCAGUAAAAGAAAAUCUGCCGUGUGAACGUACCUUGAGUAACUUUGAAUCUUACAAAAAUUUUAUGGGCACAAUUUCACUACAUUAUUUUAAAAGAACCAAUUAAAAAAUUCAUAUUUGUUAUAAAUAGUAAAUAACACCAAAAUUGUUAAGACAAAAUGUUGUCUCUCACAUUUAGAUUAUUUUGUGUCCUAUCAUUUUCAGAUUUGUAUUUCUCACUUAAACCAAAACUAGAUUAGAGAUCUAUUAUUUUUAUGUAUAAUGUUUAUUUUAAAUAUGCAAUUAAUAAAGGUUUCUUUUUUUAAAAGUUUGUUUAACAGUUGUACAAAAAAGUAAAUACUGUUAAAUCAGAGUUAGUCAAGUUUAAAAGUUUACGAAUUACAUAUUUUGGUUAUUGAUGUCCAUUAAGCAUUUGAAUUUAAAAUGUAAUUAUUUAUUUUUAAUUUAGUGGUUCCCAGAAGUCAGCCACCACUGCCCCAAUACUCCCAUUAUCCUAGUUGGGACCAAACUUGAUUUGAGAGAAGACAAGGAAACCAUUGAAAAACUUCGUGAGAAGAAAUUAUCUCCCAUCACAUACCCUCAAGGAUUGGCCAUGGCCAAAGAGAUUGGUGCCGUAAAGUAUCAGGAGUGCUCAGCAUUGACGCAGAAAGGGCUGAAGAAUGUUUUCGACGAAGCCAUCCGCGCCGUGCUGUGCCCUAAACCAAAACCCAAAAAGAAGAAAGCCUGCAUGAUUUUGUGA